GUGAAAAAUGAAAAAUUAACAUUUAGCAUUAGUCGUUUGUUGGAUCAUCAUUGUUCAUCAUCAUCGUCAACAUCAUUGAAUAAUAAUAAUGGUAAACAUCUGCAAAAUGGUAAAGAUUCGUCGGAAUUCAAUAACCAUCAUCAUCAUCAUCAACAUCUAAAUUCACCUAAAUCUGAACGAUCAUCGAUUGAUUCACCUAUUGAUACUAAAAAUUAUCAUCAUAAUCAUCACCAUCAACAACAACAACAACAGAAUCGAUUCUUUUCAACGACAAGUCCUAAUAAUUUAUCACCAUAUCAUCGAAAUAUCGAUAUAUCGAAUUAUCAUCAUAAUAAUAAUCGAUGUUCAUCUGAACCAUCAUUAUCACCAUCACCAUCAUUAUCAACAUCAUCAUUGGACCGUAAUCUGGAUAGUCCAACAACAACAACGACCAAUGGAUUAACGAUUAUAACUAAUGAUGAUAAUGAUGAUGAAACAAAAGAUAAUCCACAUCAACAACAACAACAACAACAUUCUGUGAUAAGAGUGCCAGCACAAAGACCGGAAUUAUUACAGCAUCAUCAUAAUUCAUCACCACAAUCACUAACAACGACGAUAACAACAACUUCAACAAAUUCAAACUCGAUAACAACAGCAGCAAUAGCACCACAACCACCACCACCAUAUACGGUUACUUAUCCAUGGUUGACCACUCAUCCACAUCCACAUCAUCAUCAUCAUCAUCAUACUUCAACACCAUUCGCAAUCAAAGAUGGUUUAUCAAUAUCGUUUCCAUUUACAACGGCCGGUUAUCCAACAUUACCGGCACGUCGUAUUGGCCAUCCAUAUCAGAAUCGUACGCCACCGAAACGUAAAAAACCACGAACAUCAUUUACACGAAUGCAAAUAUGUGAAUUAGAGAAACGUUUUCAUAAACAAAAAUAUCUAGCAUCAGCUGAACGUGCAACAUUGGCAAAAAAUUUAAAAAUGACCGAUGCACAAGUUAAAACAUGGUUCCAGAAUCGACGAACAAAAUGGAGACGACAAACAGCCGAAGAACGUGAAGCCGAACGACAAGCUGCAAAUAGAUUAAUGAUGAGUUUACAGGCCGAAGUUGUAUCAAAAUCAUUAUAUGGUAAUAAUAAUCAAACAUUAACAAAUGAAAUGGCCGUUGAUCUUGCAUUACAUCAUCAUCAUCAUCAACAUCAACAUCAACAGCAUCACGGACCCAAUAAUAUGAUACGCGUGAUGGGUAAGUGA